AUGUCGCUGCAGGGCAAGGUCGCGGUCGUCACCGGCGCCAGCAGCGGCAUAGGGCAGGGCAUCGCCCUCGCGCUCGCGGCGGAGGGCUGUGCGGUGGCGCUGGCGGCGCGGCGGGUCGACAUCACGCAGGCCACCGCCGACGAGAUUGCCGGCCGAGGCGGCCGGGCCAUCGCCGUCGCGACCGAUGUGACCGUGCGAGCCGACGUCAAGGCGCUCGCGGCCGCGGCGGAGGCGCAGCUCGGGCCUGUCGAUAUCCUCGUCAACGCGGCCGGCGUGAUGUACUUCACGAUGAUGAAGAACCUUCACGAGGACGAGUGGGAGAGGACGAUCGACACCAACUGCAAGGGCGUCGUCAACGGCGUGGGCGCCGCCUUCGUCGCCAUCUUCUCAAAGGGUCUCCGGGCCGAGUGCGUCGGCACCGGCGUCAAGGCGGAGACUGCCCGAGAUUGCGCGAGAUGGUCCCAAGAUUGCGCGAGAUUGCGCGAGUCAUUCCCGAGACUGCGCGAGAUUGCGGUGACGGACGUUCAGCCGGGGGACGUCGGGACGAAUCUCAUCGUCGCGAACACGGACAAAGAGGCGGCGGCGGCGGAGAAGAUGGGCGUCAGCAUCGGCGAGAAGAUUGCGGGAGAGCGCAACUCCGUGCUCGACGUCGCCGACAUCGCCUCCGCAGUGCUGUACGCGCUGACCGCCCCGGCGCAUGUCGGCGUGCACGAGCUGCUCAUUGAGCCACGCGACCAGAUGUGGGGUGACCCCACCGCUCUCGGCUGAGGGGUCGCGGACAGGGGCCAGUGACAGGGGCCAGUGGAAAGGAGCGCGCUCUUGUCUCUCCGUGGGGGAGAGGCGGCUUGGACCAGUC